CUGAUGCAGGUGCUGGUUGUCACCAUCUCCCCCAUCUACUGGGCCCUAGCUGGAGAGAGUGGCAAAGCCCUCAAUGGUUACUCCCUGACAGGCGGCCGCUUCCGGCAAGAGUCACAUGUGGAAUUUGCUACAGGAGAGCUACUUGCGAUGACCCAGGUGGCUCGGGGCCUAGAUCCCGAUGGACUCCUGCUCUUGGACGUGGUGGUCAAUGGUGUGGUCCCUGAGAGUCUGGCUGACGCAGAUCUUCAAGUGCAGGACUUCCUGGAGCACUAUGUGCAGACGGGGCCUGGCCAGCUGUUCGUGGGCUCCACGCAGCGCUUCCUCCACGACAGCCUAGGGACAGCCCUACGCUGUAACCACAGCAUUCAGUACGACGCAGCACGAGGUCCCCAGCCCCAGCUGGUGCAGCACCUGCGGGCCUCGGCUAUCAGCUCGGCCUUCGACCCUGAGGCCGAGGCGCUGCAGUUCCAGCUCACCACGGCCCUGCAAGCUGAGGAGAAUGAAGUUGGCUGCCCUGAGGGCUUUGAGCUGGACACCCAGGGCACAUUUUGUGUGGACAGGGAUGAGUGCUCUGGUGGCCCCAGCCCCUGCUCCCACUCCUGCCACAAUGCACCUGGCCACUUCUCCUGCUCCUGCCCAGAAGGUUUCACUCUGACCUGGGAUGGCAGGAACUGCAGAGAUGUGGACGAGUGUGCAUGGGAUACCCACCUCUGCCAAGAGGGACAGCGCUGUGUGAACCUGCUCGGGUCCUACCACUGCCUCCCCGACUGUGAGCCCGGCUUCCGGGUGGCUGCUGAUGGGGCCGGCUGUGAAGAUGUAGAUGAAUGCCUGGAGCAGUUGGAUGAAUGUCACUACAACCAGCUGUGUGAGAACACCCCAGGUGGUCACCACUGUGGCUGCCCAAGAGGGUACCGUCUCCAGGGCCCAGGCCUGCCCUGCCUAGAUAUCAACGAGUGCCUGCAGCUGCCCACACCCUGUGCCUACCAGUGCCACAACCUCCAGGGCAGCUACCGCUGCCUGUGCCCACCGGGCCAGACCCUCCUUCGGGACGGCAAGGCCUGCAGCCCACUGGAGCGGAGUGGACAAAACGUGACCACUGUCAGCCACCGGGGCCCCCUUGUGCCAUGGCUGGGACCCCGGGCCCCCAUCCCUGGCAGCUCCUACCACACCUGGGUCUCCCUCCGGCAGAGUCCAGGAGCCCUAAGCAGCAUGGGCCGGGCCUGGUGCCCUCCUGGCUUCAUCAGGCAGAAUGGUGUCUGCACGGACUUUGACGAGUGCCAAGUAAGGAGCCUGUGCCAGCAUGCCUGCCGCAACACUGAGGGCAGCUACCAGUGCCUCUGCCCCUCCGGCUACCGCCUCCUCCCCAGUGGGAAGAACUGCCAGGACAUCAAUGAGUGCGAGGAAGAUGACAUCGAGUGUGGGCCGGGCCAGAUGUGCUUCAACACCCGCGGCAGCUUCCAGUGCGUGGACACGCCCUGUCCUGCUGCAUACCGCCAGGGCUCCAGCCCCGGGACGUGCUUCCGCCGCUGCUCGCAGGACUGCAGCGCCGGCGGCCCCUCCACGCUGCAGUACCGGCUGCUGCCGCUGCCCCUGGGCGUGCGCGCCCACCACGACGUGGCGCGCCUGGCCGCCUUCUCCGAGGCCGGCGUCCCCGCCAACCGCACGGAACUCAGCGUGCUCGAGCCCGACCCGCUCAGCCCGUUCGCGCUGCGCCCGCUGCGCGCCGGCCACGGCGCCGUCUACACCCGCCGCGCGCUCACCCGCGCCGGCCUCUACCGACUCACCGUGCGCGCCGCCGCGCCGCGCCACCAGAGCCUCUACGUCCUGCUCAUCGCCGUGUCCCCCUACCCCUACUGAGGCCGGCGACGUCAUUGGCUGCAGCUCUGCCCCCUCCCCCUCCCCUGGGUGGGAGCAGGAGGAGCCGGUCCACCCCCACCGCCCCGGCCUGGCGGGACAGGGUGGCCCUUGCCCAUGACACCUGAUGUGACAAGGGGAACGUCCUCUUCUCCCGCCCCGUGCGUCAGCGAGACCUUCAGUAAACACGGCUCUGUGCACAGCCUUGACCCCGGGACAGCGGGCCGCGCUGGGGCGAAGCCUCACGUCUGACCCGCCCCUGCAGGAUCGCCCCAGAACGCUCGCUGGGCAGGUGCACAGGCACCAGGACACUCGGGAGGAGCAGGCCCUGGGGGCGGCUGCAGCUGUCGCCAUCCACACCUUGAACCCAAGGGUGUGUAUAAUAUAAAGAGAUUGAUU